UUCCUCUUUAUAAGGACACACUUCUGAGAAAGGGCGCAUUUCGGGGACCCACUUGAUUGGCCGGGUUCUUGGUUGCCUGUCUCUUCUACCUGCAGAUAUCAUUUCCAGUGAGGGCAGGGGCGGGCCAGCCUCGCUCUUUCCUCUGGAGGACCAGCCCUCUAGGGUCUCCGAGGAACAAUUGAAGUCUUGGGGUUUCUCAGCCCGGAACUGAAUGGCCCCAUGGUGACGAUGGCCUUGGCAGUUGUCCUCCUGGCCCUCCUGAAGUGGAAUGAGAAAAAUGCAGGCAUCAAAAUACAUUGAUGUGUCUACAAAAAUCAGAAAAAUUUUAUGAGCGCAUUUGCUGAAAUGGAUACACUGACAGUGAGACUAACUGGGACAAACUUUCUGGAAAGCAAGUUGGCAUUGCAUGACUCAUGGAUUUCAGGUACUCCACAUCGGCAUUUUCAAGACUAGAGAAGCUGGGCAUCAGGCAUCCCAAGCCUUCUCCUUUUAUUGGCAACUUGACAUUUUUCCGCCAGGGUUUCUGGGAAAGCCACAUGGAGCUCAGAAAGCAGUAUGGACCUCUGAGUGGGUACUAUCUCGGUCGCCGGAUGAUUGUCGUCAUCUCUGACCCAGACAUGAUCAAGCAGGUGUUGGCUGAGAAGUUCGGCAGCUUUACCAACAGAAUGGCCACAGGAUUGGAAUCCAAGCCGGUAGCUGACAGCAUCCUGUUUUUACGUGACAAAAGAUGGGAAGAGGUCCGAAGUGUCCUGACUUCUGCUUUCAGUCCUAAAAAGUUGAAUAAGCUGACGCCUCUCAUCAGCCAAGCCUGUGACCUGCUCCUGGCUCACCUAGAGCGCUAUGCGGAAUCCGGGGAUGCCUUCGACAUCCAGAGGUGCUACUGCUGCUACACCACUGAUGUGGUUGCCAGCGUUGCCUUCGGCACCCAGGUGAACUCCAGCGAGGAGCCUGAGCACCCCUUUGUGAAGAACUGCCGGCGCUUCUUUGCAUUCUCCGUCCCCAGACUUAUCCUCCUUUCAAUCCUAUCAUUUCCAUCCAUAAUGGUCCCACUGGCCCGGAUUUUGCCCAAUAAGAAGCGAGAUGAAGUGAAUGGCUUUUUUAACAAACUCAUUAGGAAUGUGAUUGCCUUGCGGGACCAGCAAGCAGCAGAAGAGAGGCGGCAAGAUUUCCUCCAAAUGGUUCUGGAUUUGCGACAUUCCGCCCCCUCCGUGGGCGUGGAGAACUUUGACAUUGUCCGUCAAGUCUUCUCCUCUGCCAAAGGGUGCCCAGCCGACCCUUCCCAGCCACACCUGCCCAGACCUCUGUCCAAGCCUCUGACGGUGGACGAGGUGGUGGGCCAGGCCUUCCUCUUCCUCAUCGCUGGCUACGAGAUCAUCACCAACACCCUGUCCUUCGUCACCUACCUCCUGGCCACCAACCCUGACUGUCAAGAGAAACUUCUGAGAGAGGUGGACGAUUUCAGCAAGAAACACCCGAGCCCUGAGCAUUGCAGCCUCCAACAAGGCCUGCCCUACCUGGACAUGGUGCUCUCGGAGACCCUGAGGAUGUACCCACCCGCUUUCAGGUUCACACGGGAGGCGGCACGGGACUGUGAGGUGCUGGGGCAGCGCAUCCCCGCGGGCACAGUGCUGGAGGUGGCCGUGGGCGCCCUGCACCAUGACCCCAAGCACUGGCCGCACCCCGAGACCUUCGACCCUGAGAGGUUCACGGCUGAGGCCCAGCGGCUCCAGCAGCCCUUCACGUACCUGCCGUUCGGGGCGGGCCCCCGGAGCUGCCUCGGGGUGCAGCUGGGGCUCCUGGAGAUCAAGCUGACACUGCUCCACAUUCUGCGCAAGUUCCGCUUUGAAGCCUGUCCUAAGACUCAGGUGCCACUGCAGCUAGAAUCCAAGUCGGCCCUGAGUCCAAAAAAUGGCGUCUACAUCAGGAUCGUCCCUCGCUGACCCAGUCAAGUGUCGCAACACCAACCCUCACUCGAGAAAACCCUCCUGAGGAAAUUUGGAUAUUUGGAAAAAUACCACCAAAGUGACUGAAAGGAUGCCUGGCAUGCAUAAAAGUAGAAAAGAAGCUAUUUCCGUAAUAUUCCUACAUGCUUAAUAAACCUUCACUGCACUUA